AAAUACACAUUUAGUAUACUAGCCAUUCUUUUAUCGAUAGCGUUCCGUUAGCAUCCCUGUGCAGUUGUCGCGGUGAAAACAAGUCAAUCGCAAUUUUUUAUAACAAAUUUGUCGAAAGGUACAUAAAUUGAUAUUCGUUGAAAGCACUGCUAAAAAGGAAAAGAAAGUUGAAUUGGCUGAAAAAGGUGACGACGCAAGCAAGACGAAAGAAGAAAAAAAAUAGCUUCGACGUAUACGUAAAAUUAUUGAACGAAAAUUAAGUUUUUGAGUCUGCCGACGCCGCUGCAGCUACCGCAAUGUCAUGCCGUGCACCCUUCGAACCCGAGGAUCAAUACAAGCAAUUGCGCCGACCGAAUCCUGGAGCGGGUUCUGCACCACAAAUGUCUGCCGCAAUGCAGCCACUCGAUCAGCCAGCAUUUCAUGAUUUUGUCAAUGUGGGCUACGGUCCAACUGGCGGACCAUAUGCAGCUGGACCAGCUCUAAAUUAUGCAGCUACGUCACAGCCGCCGAACGAUAUGCAGAACAGAUACACAAACAUGCCGUCAAAACUGUCGGUAACCGCAAAUGUGUUUGUACCUAAUACUAUGGAUAAGCGGGUGCCAGCACAGCAGCAGCAGCAAUAUCAAAAUCAACCAUACGCACAACAACCGCAUCAGCAACGUUAUAUGAAUGGCUAUAAGCAGCAGCAUCAACAUCAGCAUCAGCAACAAAACUAUAACCACCACCAGCAGAAUCAAUCGUUUAACAAUGAGAUUCAGCAGCUAUCGAACUCGGUGAAUACUCGUUUAUAUUUUGGGAAGCAGCCGCCUCAUAAUGGUGCGGUGGGCAAUUACUAUCAGCAACCGCAACAACAGCAGCAGCAGGUACAAACACUGCAACACCAACAGCACACACAACAACCACAAUCGACAUUUCAACGUCAUACGCAUUUAAAUAAUUCAUUCCAACAAAUUGCACAACAGCCGCAGCAGCCGCCAUAUUACCAUCAUCACCAACAACAGCAGCAGCAACAACAGCAGCCACAAGCAUCGACAUCAUCGGCUGCAGCGUCCUCUUCGUCGGCUGCAUCUCAUCCCGAUAUGGAGACGAUUGCUCUGGAAUAUCUUGAUACUGUAAUACAUUGCCUUAACCAGAAUCCCGGACAAUUCGAUACAAUUGCAUCACGCUUCCUAACCAUCUUUGAUGGUAUGGAGAGCAACAACUAUGUGCUCUCGAUCGCCAUGGAGGAUAUUUUUGAGAAAUCAAUUGAGCAACCUAAUUUUCGGUACAUGGGCGCCAAAUUGUACAAUCUUUUGCAUAUGCUGAAUCUCAAGCAGGACUCCUUAUUCCAUACAUUGCUAAAGUGCAAGCUUGAAUACCAUCAGGCCGAAGUAACCAAGUAUAUGCAAUCGGUUGAGCAGCAGCAAAAGGUGCGAGAGACUGCACUAUUUCUCGCCGAACUUUAUAUGCAAUUACGUGGCGAUGAUGACGCUCGCAUUCAGCUGAUUGCUGUGAAUAUCGUCUACUCGUUGCGGAAACUCUUGGCAUGCGAGAGUGCUGAGAAUGUGCGCUGUAUUUGCCAGACCUUAAAGCUGGCCGGUUAUGAUCUGAGUGCUGAUUGCCAACAAGACAUGCACGUUAUUAUUGCUUCACUUCAGGCGAUUGAAGCCAAGUCGCCGGGAAAAUACGCUAUGGCUGCCAAUGUGAUUGCUUUGCAGCAGAACAAUUGGGGCCGCAAGGUCUUAAAUGCUCUGGGUGGAGAGGAUGGUGAUGCAGCCAAGCCACCAGAGCCACCACGUUUGAGCGAUGAGCCUGUGUUUUAUGGACCCGAUGGACGUGAGCUUACGGCCGAGGAAAGUGAUUUUCUGGCUGCGGAAGAUGAAAAUAACGGCAGCGACGGCGAUGAUUUUGAUGUCAGAGAUAAUGAAUUGGACCUCGACCCAGAAAUGGACGAAGAGACUGAGCGUGCAUACAAGGACUUUUGCAAGCAAGGGAAACAAUCGCAGGCAAACAAAAAAUCUUAGAUUUUAUAUACAUAUAUAUAUAUGUGCGUGUGUGUAAGAAUAGUGUGGUUGGUAUGUGGUGUGCUGUUUAUAUGGUGUGGCAGAAGGAGGCAAGAAAAUGGAAAGCAGGGUUAUCUAGCGUCUUUCAAGAUAAUGGUUGAUAAAUUCUUAGUUGUGUAGUUUGUACUACUUUCAGUUAUAUCGUUCCGAAAAGUAAUUUUAUUUUUUUUGUUUAAUUGGUUAAACAUUAUUUGUGAUAUAUCGCAUCAAUGCUUUACUUCUUUUUGUAUUACAUGCAAAGAAAACAUAUUUACGUCCUUAUCUAAUAUAAAUGUGUAUUUUCAAAUUUUGUUUAGCGGCACAUUCAAAAAGAUGCUGGUCUAUAGAGUUUUGAAUUAAAUUUUUUUUAAGUCUCUUCUUUUGCUUCUCUGCCACGCCGGUGCAUAACAACAACACAAAACACAUU